CUUCACUGUUAUUUUCACCUGUGAAACCACCCUUUGGGAUUACUGUGCAGGUCCAGACCACGUUGGGGGCAACAAAAUCGGUCCAUUUCACCCGGAUAAAAUACUUCUAGGGCGUUGUUCAGCCUUACCUUCUGGAAUCCCUAAAUUUGAUGCUCGCCCUGGAGUCUUUUCUUUUCGUAAAGAUGGAAGUGCUGUAUUUCUCUCUCCACCUUGAGGCCCAAUCAACGAGAACCCCUUUAUUUUAUUUUAAAAUCCGCAAGAUCAAAAAUAUCAUCAAGACUAAAGGGGGUAUCUACCUGCACUGCAAGCCUUCAGCUUGGAGCUGCAAAAAAAGAAAAAGAAAAUGACAAGACCACAACCGCCAACCCCUGUUCUUCAGGGUUCCGACGACAGCUCCAAGCAGGUUUACGAGCGUCUGGAUGUGUACAUCCAGCCCUUGAUCAAGGACCGAUCGCAUGAGGCCCCCGAGGCAGCACUACCACAAUACAAUCAAUCGCAUGGAAACAACCCCCAUCAUCAGCAAUCUUACGUACAUCACAACUACCAACAACAUGAUCAGUAUGCUCGAGUCCUCAUCCCUUCUUCUGGGACCGCAUCCACGGAGCCGGUUACUGGCUCGAAAUCCAAUACGUCCGAAAGGAAAAAAGGCAGCCGUGACAGGUCGAGCUUGCUUGUGUCCAUUCUGGUUGCUGUUUGUGCGGCUUUGAUCGCAGCCACCGUUACCGGAGUUGCCGUUUGGAAGGCAACGGAGUUCAAAGGCAGCUCGGGGACGUGUCCAACCAGUGCUGGCGAUGGAAAAGGCGGUGGAGGUGGCGGAUCCAGUACGACUCCUCCGACUACAGACAUCACCACCGGCGACGGCACCCGGAAGGCGAUCCGCCCAGCCUCGAGUCUCGCCGCAAUUGGAUGGAGGAUCAAAGACGAGUCUUUUAUUCAACUUAUUUACCAGGACCCCGACAACAACCUCAGGACCAGUUGGUUCUCAACUCUCUGGUCGAACUGGACUGCUCCCAAAAUUGUCUCAAGAGAGAAAGAUAGCCACAAGGCCAUGGCUGGGACCCCCUUUGCUGUAAGCACGCUUUGGCGAGAUACAGGCGUGGCUGGUGAAUGGGUGGCCCAAAACCAAAUGAAUUAUCUUUCCCCCACAGGCACCGUUCUGGGCUACAACUUCCGCCUAAACUGGCCCCUGGGCUUACCGGACAGCAUCAUAGAAAAAAGUUGGAGUGGUGCACCAAACUCCAACCUUGCCUCUCUAUGGCCAUACAACUACUACCAAGCCAACGGCGAAAUCAGGCAGGUAAGGGAUGCAAGCGCCAGCAACGUCAAACUGGAAGGCCUUUCCAACGCCGCGGAGGGUACCCCCUUGCUCGCGCUUCCUGUCGGCGCGACGCACAAUCAAGAAGAGAUGCGGCUGUUUUACCGCAACAGAGACGGUGAGCUUUCGCUCUUUGAACGCGAUUCCCGCGGCAGCAUCACAAGCUACAUGCGUGCUUUGGGCGUCAUCGUGCCCAACAACGCCGGCCUCGGGGGCUUUUCGACGGCCCGAGAAUCCACCGGACCUGGUAUCAACACGUAUCUGCUGUGGCAAGACACUUCGCAAAAGGAAAACGGCGGCGUCAGGAUCAUGUCGCAGACGAACGGCGACGAUGAAUGGAAGGGCCCGGUUUCCGACCCGGUGUUUUCGCGUGCCGACGUCAACACCCGCAUCGCUUGCGUCAACGAGGGCAUGGGAGCGGUCAAUAACGAUGGCAGCCAGACCAACGUUCGACUGUCAAACAGUAGAGACUUGAACAGGUGUUAUUUUCAGGCCGAGGGGGGAAAGCUGAAGCAGGUGCAGCAUGACGGACAGAAGUGGAUCGACUUGGGCUUUGUGCCAAUGCUGUAAUGCUGUCUCAUUGCCUCUCGAUUCCUUAAGCUUCCCUGUCCCAUAACGUAGCAAAUAUUUAACUACCUCUUGAUGGGAUGCGGGCUAGUUGUACAUGGGGUUUACUUUUGUUGGAAUGACUAAUAUUUACGAAUUAGAGCGAAUGAAACCAUUUGGAAUUUCUUUAAUCACUUGCACUGACAGCCCAUCUUCACGUCGUAUAUAGCCUAUAGCUAUGACUUGAUCAACUAACUUGAGGGUAUUCCUGCGAUCGAUGCAUGUCUAAUCUGUUAUUAGUUUAUACAAGUUACGUAUUUAUGUACAGCGCUGUAUCCAUCAACUCCAAAGUUUCCCCAGAUAUUCCACGUCUAUUAUGAGCCAGAUAUUACCGAGAUGUUCCGUAGUAUUUAAUAUAGUGCGUCCGCAUCUCUAUUCAUCCUUCAUUGACACGGCAAGAAGCUUUCGCAUCGAACCCAAAGCCUCAGUUAGCCACACAGCUAAUCUCGCUGACAUUGUCAUGGUUCCACCCAUCAGUCGGCUGCAGCUCGGCGAGAUCCUUGCAUAGAAGCACAAAGUCGACCGUCACACAGCCCUCGGGGGCGCUCUCGCCCGCCUUGACGAACCUCGGCAUCAUGACCGAGACCGGGCCCGUGUUGGUGGGCAGAUCACGCCUGCAGACGGCCCAACCACCACCGGACGAUGGACCAUUCAGGAUUGGGAUUCCGUCGGCGGCGCGCUUGGAGGCGGUCAGGCCCUUGGUGGCGGCAUUGUUGCGGAACGAGACGACGUUCUCGCCGUCGGCGACGUCCUCGCUCGACCCCACGACCGCCGACAGCGGGAACGCGCCGGGGACGUCGAGGUUCAGCGUCUGCUGGUCGGCGGUGGUCCCGUUGAUGUAGAAGGUGGGGUUCUUGGUCUUGUCCCGGUCCCGGGGCUCGAUGACCGAGGCGUAGAAGCCCGUCGCCACGCGCUGCAGGCUCAGCACCCAUGCGUUGUUGGCGGCGUUCUCCGGGUCCAUCUCGCGCAGGUCGCCCUGCACGGCGAGGAAGAAGCCCUUGCCCGCCACCACCGAAGGACCGCCUCCACCUGCACGCUGGGUGAUGAUGGGAGUGGCGGCGGCGAGCCCAAAGGCGGCAGUGGAAAUUAUUGCUGUUGAGAAGAGCAUUUUGGAAUGUUGUGUGGUUGUUAUCUUUUUUUUUUUUUUUUUUUUUUUUUUUUUUUUUUUUUUUUUUCUCCUUUUUUCUCUUGUAAUCGUGGACACGUGACAGGAAGCU